GACGGCGUCUUCCAAUUAUCUAAUAUCGGAGGAUGUAUUCGCCAGAAUCAAUGAACUCCAACAUAUCUUCUCCAUCCCCUCCGUCGUCGUCUUCUCUUAAUGCUCCAAGUCUUGCGGAUGCUCCUGAAGUUAGAUCCGAUGAUGGAGAAGCCGAAACUUCCGAACCAUCGACUUCUGUCACAGCUGUACCAAUGGAGAUUGUGUCCCAAGCAUCUACAUCUGCUCCUGUUAACCAGUUGCUCGCGAGCGGAAUUGAUAUGUCUAGCGUUAUUAAAAACAACGCUGUUUUACAGGCACUUCUUGCCAGUGCCAGUGCCGGUGGAUUCGGAGACAACGCAGGCCUCACCAUGUCAAAAUUAUUGACCGCCGCUCUCGCCAAUGGAUCCACUGCGGUUGCUAAAAGAGAUGCAGGUUCUCCACGUACUGAUAUCCCAAAGAAAACUCGUCUGAAAGUGUUUUCAAACGGAUUUUUCAUGACAUUUGACAAGCUUUCAUCAUGUCAAAAGAAAUAUUUCUGGAGAUGUGAAUACAAGAACACUUGUAAAGCACGAAUGCAUACGGAUAUUGUUACUGAAAAGAUCCUCACGUUUAUCCAUGAGCACAAUCACAGUGCACCAAUAGAUGAAGAAGUUAGACUUUAUGGAUUGGACCCAACGAAUAUCGAAAGAAAUCGUGUCUACAUAGUUGGAAAUGUUGCUGAUCCAAAUCAACGAAGAAAGAUCCGAAAGCAAGUUGCGGAUAGAGAAGCAGCUGCAAAGAGGCUCGUUCAACAGCAAGAAGAAGAACAACAGAAGCAACAAAGUGCAUCAUCAAUUGUGGCGGCUCGAGCAGCUUAUGCGCAAGCAAUGCAGAAUGGCUCAAUACCCACAUCUUCUGGGGUCGCGUCUUUUCUCCAGUCAACUUCGGCCACUGCUCCAAUGACGUCUCAUUCAAUGCUCCUUGCGCAGAUGCCAUUUUUAAAUAAUAUUAAAACGGAGAUGUCAAAUAUGGUGAAAAACGAACAAUUCACUCCUGAAAGAUACACACAGCAUAUGUCUCCAAACUUGCCAUUGCAGACCGCCACAAUUGCUCCACUAAUAAUUCCAACAGAGAACUACGACUCACCUUCAUAUAGACAACCAGCAAUCAAAAGAAAAGCUACUGAUUUGACGAAUGAAGAACAUGAUUUGAGAAGAGAUCCGAUGUUCCAGCCAACUUUCGAGCUUGCCAGAAAAUUGAGAAAACUGUGGAAAGGAGAACCGAACAGAUAUCCAAGAACUACUACGACUCCGACUCAUCAUUUUGAAUUCUUCCUUUCUAAAAAUGAUGGAACAGAUGAGCAUCUCUAUGUUCCAAUGAGAAUCAAUCUCCGUGAUGAAGCACACUUAAAAGAGGCACUUCAAGACUUCUGUGGUCAACAAUGUAUCGGAAUGCUUCUUUUCGGAAUUUCACCAAAGAUCAGUGUAAUGUUCAAUCAACCCAUGUUGAAUAAUUGGGACAAUAAUCAAUUCUUCCUGCUCGACAUUUCAAAUCCAAGCCGUUGGCGACUGAUGUAUGUGGAUGAUCAAGCUGUGUAAUUUAACCGAAUACUGAUUGUUUUUUAUAUGUGUAAAAUGUAAAAUUUCCUCCACUCUCCACCUAUCUCAUUAAAUAUUUUCUGUGACAUUUCUCCAUCGAAACUGGUUUUUACCCAAUGUAAACCUCAUCCUAAGUCUACGAUUCAAUCUAAAUCACAUCUACCUCCCUUUUCCAGAUGUUUUUUGAACCAUUCCACUAAUAAUGUGUAAUGUUAUCUUUGACUUGCUAUCAAUUAUCCUUAUUUUUUAACGUGUUCUAUCCGUUGUAGGAUUGUAAUAAAACAGUAAAGUGAU